AUGAGUGAAUAUCGCCAAAUGCUCCGUGAAGUGGGUGUUUUCGUCAAACACUGCGCGUCGGAUCGGUAUUCCAGUGGUUGCUGUUGGUAUAUUAUCCAUGAAAUGUCAGCAAAAAGCCCUGUGGACAGUUGCCCCAUCACUGAUCCCGCACUGAAUCUGAGGGAUGCUGACGCUGUUAUUUGGGGGGGAGAAUAUUUGUCUGCGAGGCCCGGGGAUGAGCCCUCUUUGUGGUUUCUGGACAGGCUUCCCACCAACACAACCGAUGCGAGGGACACGGAGGCGACACAUCUCGGUGCUGCCAUGCAUGCGGCAUUGGGGCGCCUCGGCCUGCAAGUGCGUCUGAGAGUGACUGAAAAGGGCGGCGUUUUUUGGGUCCCAUGCACGGACGGGGCGACGAUUACGUGGGCACUCGACCGUACGAUGAGGGAAACGUCAUUUGUCCUGACCACGCGGAGGUGUGCACGAUAUCCGCCACUGGCGGCAGCCUUCCUGCAGUGGUUCCGUGGGACGGCGGGGAGAGGGUGUGGAGCAGGACGGUUUCACCGGCAUCUACCGAACAAGUUUUGUCAGGGGCAUCCGUCCCCGUUGCGGAGAGCAUUGAUCCCGGCCGCGGCACCCCACCGAAGGAUGUCGACUUGGCUGCACCCCAGGAGCAUCAGUCGCGAGAGGAGAAGGAAGUCCAUCCGGGAUGCCCCGACAGGCAACGGGGUGAUCUCGCCCAACGACACCGCGGGUGCGCCGCAGGAGGCGGAGAAGAAGAGCGAUCUUCCGGACAACGACGAUGUGGCCGCCGAUGGUGUGACGUCUGUUGUGGGACAAUCAUUAGGAGAUAAGGCCGUCAGCGAAAAGGCCGGUGGCAGUGCCGCAGCCACGGGACCCAAGGGCCCUGAUGCCGCUGAUGAUGCGCAAGGGCGCCGUGGAUCCUCCGCCGAGGGAGGAUGA